AUAAAUACCUGAUUUUGAUACUCACUAGACUAGCACUUUUAUUACAAAACUCGUUGUUUUUCAUAUAAAUUUGAGAGAAUUUUCAUUUGUUAGCAAGUAAGAUAUAAGAAUAAGAAAUGGCAUUGGUUUCACAUGGACAAGGGUCAACUCUAAAUCCAGAUGCACCACUAUUUAUCCCGGCUGCGGUUCGCCAAGUCGAGGAUUUCUCCCCGGAAUGGUGGCACCUGGUGACCACCUCAACUUGGUUCCAUGACUACUGGCUCACCCAGCACCAGGAGGAUGGUUUCUAUAAUGGAAAUGAUUCCGAUACAACUGACAUUGUUGAUCUGCUGCCUGAUUCUAUUGACACUGAUGAAGAUACUUUGUCCAUGGAAGCACAAUACGAGCAGUUCCUCCUUUCGUCUGAAUUGGAAAGACAACUCUCAAUGUCCACUCAGUAAAUGUAGUUAGUUCUGCAGGUUUCUCUGGCCUUGCUUAGAAGUUCUGUAUGUAUACACAUAUUCACACAAAAAAUAAAAAGAAAAAACAGUAGUAGCGUCGUCUUGUUUCUUGUAAGUUUCUGUAUAGAACAAGGUCUUAUCUUUCUUCUGUAUCCUUGUUCAUACCCUCACACUUGUUAUUUCAACUAGUCAGGGAAACUAAAUGAAGAAGAUAUUAUUCAAGAAA